AUGUGUUUACUCCAGCUAAUCAAGUGGCCCAGCUCGGGUCCUCAUCCUGGACUCGGAAUCCAGGGAUCUUUCCCGUUGGUUCAGGGAGGACCCUCCCCGUGGGGAGACUUGCCUGUGCCCCACAUCUCACUCCGUCUUUUCCUCUCUGUCACCCCUCCCCUCCCAGUGGAGCCCACAGUGACCAUCUCCCCAGCCAAGACAGAGGCCCUAACCCACCACAACAUGCUGGUCUGCUCGGUGACGGAUUUCUAUCCAGCCCACAUCAAAGUCCGCUGGUUCCGGAACGACCAGGAGGAGACAGCCGGUGUCGUGUCCACCCCCGUGAUCAGGAACGGGGACUGGACCUACCAGAUCCUGGUGAUGCUGGAAAUGACCCCCCAGCGAGGAGACGUCUACACCUGCCGCGUGGAGCACCCCAGCCUCCAGAGCCCCAUCGCAGUGGAGUGGCGGGCACAGUCUGGAUCCGCCCAGAGCAAGAUGCUGAGUGGCAUCGGAGGCUUCGUGCUGGGGCUGAUCUUCCUGGGCCUGGGCCUUGUCAUCCGUCACAGGAAACAGAAGGGGCUCCUGCGCUGACUCCUGAUCGUAUUUUGACUGGGAUUGGCUGUGUUUCCUCUGAAAUGCCUGCUUGUUGUCCUUGCGCAGAUUUCCCAGCUGCCUGUGAGCCUGCUCCCUCUGAGAUCAGACCUGUCCAAUCAUCUCCUGUGCUUCCCCCCACCCCCCACCCUCCAGGCCAUGGCUGUGACCUUGGAGUCUGUCCUGUGGGCUGCCAGCUGAGUCUACUCAAAGCCCAAAGGCAUUUUUCUUUUGUUUUCUCCCUCCCUCCAUCCGCCACUGUCCAAGAGAAGCACAUUAAAGCCUUUACCUGACUCCAGAGCUUUUGUCAUAAUUAAACAUGUUACCUGUA